CUGGUCCACGCGGCCACGAUAGGGGAUAAAGAGGCUGGAAUGCGACUCGAAUUUCCGCUUUCCGAUCAUUGACACGUUUCCAGCUGUCAUUUUCUUUCUCUUAAUUAUCGCCAUCGCACGUCAGGUAAUCUUAAUCUUGAUACUGAUUAACAGGUAAUUAAUCUUAAUCUAGAUACUGAUUAACAGGUAAUUUUUUUUUUCAAAUCUCUCUUCGGUGCAGCCCUCCUGUUCGUUCGGAAAAAUCUCUCGCGAGCCGCCAUGACAACGGGCACCCAUUUCUUGUCUGGGCGGCACAUUGUUGUUGCCGGCGCCGGCAUGGCGGGCCUGUCAUUUGCCGUCGCCCUUCGCAAGAUCUGGCCAACUGGCGUGCCGCCACCGCGAGUCACCAUCUUCGAGCGCGACACGAAACAGGACAUGCUGGGCCGCGAGGGAUACAGCCUCUCGCUCGCGGGUGCUGACGAUACAGGCGGGCUGGUUGCGCUCAGAGAUCUCGGUCUGCUGGACGAGAUCCUCGGGCACGCGAUCCUGGGCACGGACGAGAAGGGCGCCUUCAAGCUCUGGGAUGCCGACUGGAGCCAGGUCCUGAGCGUCCGACUGCGCCCGGCUCCCGGGCUCCCGACAUCCGGCAUCCGGAUUGCGAGGAAACACUUGCGCGAGACGCUCCUCGGUGCCGUGACCGACGAGAUUCGGUGGGGGACUGCCUGUCUAUCGGCCACCAAGUCCGAGAGCGGGAAGGUGGUGGUCCGCGUCUCGGACAACCAGGGGUCACAAGAGUCCACGGUCGAGUGCGACCUGCUGGUGGUGGCUGACGGGGCGAGCAGCAAGAUCAGGGCGAGCCUGCGUCCAGACGAUGUGCUGCAGUACGCCGGCGCCGUCCAGAUGGGUGGGCUGGCCCACUUCCCGGAAGGCAUCCCGCCACCUCUGGGCGAGAACUGGGGCCAGCAGGUGUCCGGUGGCCGCGGCGUCUCCUGCUUCUACUCGCCCGUCGACAAGCAUAGGCUCGUGUGGGCGUUCAGCUUCCGCGAGUCGACGCCUCGGCAGACCAUCAAACCGCCAACCUCGGAGGAAACCGCGCGGGUUCUGCUCGAUGAGAUUCUCCAGAAGGGUCACAUGCUGGGACAGCUGUUUGAAACCAUCGCAGGCUCCGCCACCGAUCCCAAGGAGGUCUUCUGCUUGCCGGCAAGAGACAAGAAACCAUUUUCUCACGACCUGGCGAAGACGGGGCCUAUCGUGUUCAUCGGAGACAGCAACCACGCGGUCAGCCCCUUUGCGGGAUACGGGGCCAGCUUGGCUCUGAAGGACGGCUGGGAUUUGGCUCAGAAGCUGACGGCGGCGGACUCGGUCGUGGAUGCGGUCCGAAAGUACGACGCCGUAAGCGUCCCUCGGGCUACCAAGGUGCUCGCAACCUCGAGAUCGCGGAUCAAGUGGGGUCACAGCACCGGCCUGAUGUUCUUCCUCUGGCGCGGGUUCUUGAAGGCUUUGGGUUAUGUUCUGUGGCUCACUGGGAGAGCUUGAGGGCAAUACUAUCUCCCCCAAUCUUGAUUACUGU